UCUACGUUCGUUGGUAUACCCCUUCGAGAGUUGAGUUGAAUUGAGAGAAACAAAAUGUUAUCCGCAACUUCUACUGUAUUUCGAAGUUCCAGACUUUUUCCAUUGGUAUCAUCUAGAUUACUGGAAUGCUGCAACCACAGAGAAACAUCAGCCAAGAGUAUGGCAUCCAUGGCACCUGUAGGCUUCAUAGGUUUAGGCAACAUGGGGGCUCACAUGGCUAAGAAUCUUAUCAACAAGGGCUAUCCAGUUGUUGUCAAUGAUGUUUAUCCUGAAGCUGUAGCUGAUCUAGCUGACCUUGGUGCCCAGGUUGGAGAUACUCCAGCUGAUGUAGCUCAGAAAGCUGAUCGUAUCAUCACCAUGCUGCCUUCUAGUCCAAAUGUCUUGGAAGUUUAUACUGGAGAAAAUGGAAUUUUAUCGUCAGUAAAGCCAGGUACAUUAUUGAUAGAUAGCAGUACGAUUGACCCUCAGGUAUCUAAAGAUGUAGCAGCAAUAGCAGAGAAGAAAGGAGCUACAUUCAUGGAUGCACCUGUGUCAGGUGGUGUGAAUGCUGCUCGAGAUGGUAUGUUGACAUUCAUGGUUGGAGGUAAGACUGAAGAGUUUGUUGCUGCUGAGGAACUAUUACUCAAUAUGGGUAAAAAGGUGUGGCAUACAGGAGCAGUAGGUACAGGAGAGGCAGCAAAGAUAUGCAAUAACAUGUUACUGGCCAUCUCCAUGAUUGGUGUAUCUGAAGUCAUGAAUCUUGGUACAAGGUUAGGUUUAGAUAAGAAGAUAUUAGCCGAUAUCUUAAGUACAAGCACUGGUCGCUGCUGGUCUGUAGAUACCUACAAUCCUGUUCCAGGGGUAAUAGAAGGAGUUCCAUCAAGUAAUAAUUAUCAAGGAGGAUUUGGUACUGCUCUCAUGGCAAAGGACCUUGGUUUAUCCAAUGCAGCAGCUAUCAACACCAAGUCACCUAUUCCAUUGGGUUCACUUAGUAAUCAAAUAUAUCGUCUUAUGUGCAACCAAGGAUAUUCACUCAAAGAUUUCUCAUCAGUUUAUCAGUUUCUCAAGGAGCAGCAGGAUUCAUCAUAGUCAUCAAGCUUUCAUAAAGCUGUUAUACAUGACUGCUGAUUCUCACCUGUUAUGGGAGUGCAUUUCCUGUAACCUGUAUGACAAUGUUUGAAUUGUUCAUUCAGAUGCUUGUAUAAGAUGUGAAUAUUAAUGUGAAGAUUGGAUUUCGUCUGUAGCUCAAGGGAAUAAAAAUGAAGGUGAAUCUGAUUUAGCACCAAUAUCAGGUGACCAGUCUUAUAUAACAGCUUUAUGAAACACCACCCAUAGUUUACUGGUUGAUAUUCAUAAAAGUAGAUAGUUUAUUGAAGUGAAUGCUUUUACUAUUAGACAAUGUUUUCAGCCAUCUUUGUCACAAUCAUUAUUCUUGUUGUAAAUGCACUACAGUAGUAAAUGCGUCACUACUACUGAAUCACGGUGACUUCUCAAAUGCAUUUAAAUACUGUCUUGAAAUUGAUAUCCUUUCCGACAAAUUUAUUGAACAAGAGGAACACUUCAACAUUUGGGACUUGUAGUCAAUUGGAUGGCUUUUGAAAUGUAUUUGAAGAUGAAAUAUGAAAUACUCUGAGACUAUUGCUUUAAUGAAUAUCAAUCUUUUUAUCUGCAUUUUUAUUUGAAAUGAAAGUGUCAGUUUAAAUGUGAAUGAGAGUUUACAUUUUAAAAGACAUGAAUGGGACUGAAUGAAGGGACCUAUUAUCUCUAUGUCUAUUGAAAAUAAAAUGUGGUAUCUUUUAUCCUAUUCUGAAAUAAGAUGAAGCCCUUGAUAGAUUGCAUCCUUAAUUGGCUGAGCACUGUUACUAAGGUAAUUGUCGGAUCCUUUCAUGAAAAACACUCCUGUUGACAAUGCUUACUUUAUGGUAUCUCAAUUUUUAUUAUUGAAAGUUAUGGCUGAAUAAUUAAAAAGAGAUGGGAUAGCAUUAUAAUCUAGUUUAAAAAUCAUGAAGUAUUGUAUAUAUUUAACAGAGUGGGAAAAUAUGGAGAUGAAGGACUUGUUAUUAGGACUUCACAUUGUGUGCUUAUUCAUCCUUUUUCCUGUAAUUCUUUAUUGAUUUCAAGUUUGAUUUGUUCCCUGUAUUCUACAAUCAUAUAUCUUACUUUAUUUAUUUACAUAUAAUGUACUGCAAAGUACCCCCCCCCCCCAAAAAAAAAAAAAAAAAAAUACACACGCUCAUCUUGUCUUUGUAAAAAGAAUGGUAGUUUAUAUUUGAGGUGUGGGUUUUGGUUCCAAAUUCAUUCACACUACGACUUAUUGAUGUACAUGCAUUGUUAGACAAAGAGACCCAAAUUAAAGUGGGAAGAUUGUUUGCAACCAUGCUUUGAAACCCUGGGUUUUUUUUUAUUUGAACUUGAAGUAAACUUGUGUUCAGUAUUUCAACCUUUUACAUUUCACAAAUGGCACUGGUGUUAUGUUUACAUAUUAUUAUUGUCAUGAUCAUAUAUUAUAGGUUUUUAUACUCCUACCAAACAAAGUUUGAAGGGGUAGGGGGUAGAUAUGAAUCAGUGUGAGGCUAUGCAGAUGGGCAGGCAGACAGAUCUUGGGACCAUGGAAAUCUGUUUGACCUAGCCAAACUUCCAUUUACAAGAUGUAAAUGAAUUCUGUUUUGAAAAAAAAAAUGCUUUGAUUUUAAAAACAAUUCUUGGACUUGAAAGGUUGAGCAGAAUCUACUGUACUUCCUCAGACUGUGAAUACAUGUUGGUCUUGGAGGAAAGACAUGGAAGACCUUUGUUCUAUAUGUGUCAAAUACUGUGUUGUCAUUUGUGGCAUAUUUAAUGUUAUGGCAAUACAUGUAGGUUGAUAAUUUUUUUUAAACACUUCCUUGGUUUAUACCCAAUGCUAAGAGGAUUUGUUAUGUACAUUGAAUGUGUUGGGUACUGAAUUGUAAUGGUAUCUUCCUCAUCAUAAGAUCAUCUUAGUAGGAGACAGGUUGCAAUCACCUUCAUGAACAUUUCAAAUAGUUGUAAGGCCUGUUCAACCAUAUGCAAAAGACAGUACACCCAACAAAAUUUCUGUGUAUGAAUUGGAUAUGAGCUAGGCUCCAAACAUUUAACCAACCUAGGAUAAUUCGUUUGCCCCAGUGCUGCAGAAUGUUGUGUUCAAAACUAAAUGAAAAAUAUAAUCUUUUGAGAGUUGAAUCUGAGAGCGCAGACACACUGUGCCAUAUUGUGGUUGAUGCACAGACUCAUGAUUGAAACCUUUAUGAAUUUUGGCCAUGAGUAGAGGUUUUAAGAAAUGUAUCCUGAUAAAUGGAGGUCUAUGGAUGAUAAUCAUGUAUUUUAAAUUAGGAAUAAAUGAAGAAAUAUAUCUAAAGGCAA